ACGUAGAAGCAUCUACGAGCGUUCACCAUCUCAUCCUGGAGAUCCACGGACCACCACUCCCAUCAAGACCAGGUCUCAUAUUGACUACAUUCGUACUCCUGUCAUCAAUCACCUCAGCUCAUGACGAGCUUCUCACCCGUCCAUGAUGGCGUCAUCAUCAUUCCCUGAGCCCAGAGAGCGCUCAGCCUCAGCCUCGAAGCCUAUCAGCCUCUUCAAAGAAGUCAUCACCAGCAACUGGCUCAAACGAGGACGCGCUCUCACCUCUCCUCCAGCGGCUCCUGCUCACUUUCAGUCUGAGACUGGAAGUUCCAUUCGCCCUCUCGCGACUCUCACAGAUGGACAGAGACAGGACGAUAGGAGCAGCGCAGUUGCAGCUCCGAAGCGAAGACAUCCCUGGGCUAAUGAAGAACCGGGUCUACUCGCUCCCACAGAGGACACGGAGACGAUCCACCCUUACGUCUCUCUGACGUACUUCUCCCAAUGCGUCGAAUCCGAGGACCUGCUAGCUCAAGAUCAAGAAGAGGCCAACGAACAACUGCAGAGCUUACAUUGUCGUCUAGGCGCAGCUUUUGCCGCCUUGACAUCAACAAACUCCUCUCCAACGAUGUUCCACAGGGGCUGCUGCCGUAGGGAGUACCCUUCUGCUCACUGGCUGGAUGAGGACUCGUCCCUCGAUAAGCACCUGGACGAUCUCAUCACUCUCAAAAGCUCCACCUACCCACCUAGCGAGCUCCCAUGCUUGAAGAUACCCUCUCCCAUCUGGCAAUCCUCCAUCGCCACACCAACCCACGCUCAGGCUCACGCUCAACCUCAGAGCAAGACGAGCUGCACGCUAUGCCACUGCCAAUGCAUCGCCUGCGACUGGGAAGAGUAAGACCACUGUCCCUUUUUGCGCGGCGACGCCCAAGAAUGUCCUCCACUGCAACAAAAGGAACAGCAGCAGCUUGGAGUACCACUGGGGAUUCAGGAAGAAGAAGACGAAGAAGAAGAGGAGGAAAAGGAAGAGAGAGAGGAAGAGGGAGAAAGGGUCGAGUAUGUUUAUACUGAAGGGAGAGCCUUCUGAGAGAAAGGGAAGCUGCUUCGGAGU